CCAAAAAAUAUAUAACAUAAUAUUUUCAAAAUUAAAUUAAAUUAUAAUUGGAAGAGAGAAAAAUGCGAGCCGCUCUGAUCACCAAGUAACAACGACUCGCUCUGUCAUCAAUCUCCGAGUCCGAAACCUCCCUCGGAAGCUCUCCUCCAUUCCCACCAUAAUACCUUUGAUCCCCAAUUUUGGUUUAGCUCCGGCCGGUCUGUGCAUCUCUGUUGCUCGAAGACGACAACGCCGUUUUCACCACUGCCCUUUGCUGUAACGAGAUUAUUGGUGGGAAAAGGCUAUGGGUGAGCCUUCGUCGUUGCCCGGUGGUUUCAAAGGGAGCAAGUUAUGGAAAGGGAUUUUUGCUGUGUCCGGCAUAAUGACCACCUUGGUCGCUUAUGGAUUUUUACAGGAGAAGAUUAUGAGAGUUCCAUAUGGUGUAAACAAGGAAUAUUUUAAGUACUCCUUAUUUCUUGUUUUCUGUAAUCGUAUCACAACAUCCGCUGUCUCUGCUUGUUUUUUAUUGGCCAGUAAAAAAGCCUUAGAUCCCGUUGCUCCAGUUUAUAAGUACUGCCUUGUAUCAGUAUCUAACAUAUUAACUACAACAUGCCAAUAUGAGGCCCUCAAAUAUGUCAGUUUCCCUGUUCAGACACUAGCAAAAUGUGCUAAAAUGAUACCUGUUAUGGUAUGGGGCACUAUAAUUAUGCAGAAGAAAUACAAGGGACAAGACUACUUUUUUGCUUUUCUAGUUACAGUGGGUUGUUCAAUAUUUAUUUUAUAUCCGGCAGGAUCUGACAUUAGUCCAUAUGGAAGAGGAAGGGAGAAUACGGUUUGGGGCGUUUCACUGAUGAUGGGUUAUCUCGGGUUUGAUGGCUUCACAAGCACAUUCCAAGAUAAACUCUUUAAAGGCUAUGACAUGGAGAUUCAUAAUCAAAUUUUCUACACAACAAUGUGUUCUUGCGUUCUCAGCUUGAGUGGUCUAAUUUUACAGGGCCAUUUACCGCCGGCAAUAGAAUUCGUCUCUCGCCAUAAUGAUUGUUUCCUUGAUAUUGUGUUGCUGUCGACUGUAGCAACAGCCAGUCAAUUUUUUAUUUCUUACACAAUCCGAACAUUUGGUGCUCUCACAUUUGCCACAAUAAUGACCACAAGACAGUUGGUGAGCAUUUUGCUGUCAUGCUUGUGGUUUUCCCACCCUCUUAGCUGGGAACAAUUCAUUGGAGCAGUCAUCGUCUUUGGUUCCCUAUAUGCCAAAAGCUUCUUGAGAAAAACUCCACAGAAACCUCCACCUUCAGAUGAAAGGAUAAAUGAAGUUUCUAUUCCUGUGAAGGAGAACCCUUGACAAGUUUCAGGUUCCAUUUGCUGUUGAGAUCUUGGACUUGGUGCCGCUCUCUCUAACUUUGAUUAAGCAAGCAUGGAAGAAUGUGUUAACGACCUCAAAUCGAAGGUCUUUGAACUAAAUCUAAUUUACAUAGCAUUGAAAUGGAUUCUUCUUGGUCACUGGUGUCUUCGGUGGAGACCAAGUGAUCGAUUCUUUGAUUCUCUGGUUUCAAAGGAAGUCUAAAUUAUAGAUUGACUAAAGUUUUUUUUUUCCUUUAUAGAAUAUAAUUGUCUUUAAAAAUAUACAAUUCGAUGAUAUAGGAAAAAUUUUCUUUUUCUUUUUCUUUCUCUCUUUAUUUUCAUGUAAUUACUUUUAAAAUUCUACCUUGCUCAAAAUGCAUAGUAAGUUUUAUA